UUAGAUUAGACGGUAAUCCCUCACUCCCAAUGUGCAUGCGCAAACUCAAGUGCGUGCGUCAGCCGAGGGACGCUUCGGUGUUAAUUCAAGCACAAACUCUCCAGAUCUGCUCUACAGUAAGUAUCGGUGAUGAAGUAAACCAGCUCCAAAGGAUUUAGUGGCGACCUGGUGAUCUGCACAACACGACAACCUGCAAGUGGACUGAAUCAAACAACAGACCUGGGGCUUUUUUCGGCCAAAUUUCUGAUCAUUUCAUUAGAUACUGACAUUCAUAAAUCAUGCAAAAUUACACAUACUGCUGCUGUCCCCUCUCAGGGCCGGACGUACGUCCAUACUAGCUAAUGGACAGGAAGUGUUCACUUGACAUGUCAGUAUCCAUAUCAAGGACAGGAUGUCUAAAUGUGAGCUGAUUGAGCUGAAGGACCUCAGUGUAAAUGAUCCCAUUGAACUGGCUGCUCCGACUGUCCACGUGGCCCCACCGCCUGUGAACCCCGGUCACCCCAGCCCCUACCACAUCGUCCGUUUGGUGGGAGACAGCGUCAGCAUUGAGGCGCCCGGGUAUCACACUGGUGAAACUGGUGUGGGUCAUGACUUCCAGCCCUACAGUCACACCCAUCUGACCUGGUGUGACCUCUGUGGAGAAUUCAUCUGGGGUGUUUAUAAGCAGAGUUUACGCUGUGCCAACUGCAGCUACACUUGUCACUACCGCUGCCGAGCAUUCAUCCAACUGGACUGCAGCACACAUGAAAGUGUGUUCACAGAGCCUGUAGAUGACUCCAUCGAGACGGAUACAAAUGUGGAUGAAAAGAUCGAACUGGGUAAACAGGAGUUAAGUGCUGCUGAGAUUCAACAGAGAGUCAAGGAGUACAAUGCUCAGAUCAACAGCAAUCUCUACAUGGUGGAUAAUAAAGACGGAUCCUACACUGGCUUCAUCAAGGUCCACUUUCAGUUACUUCGUCCCAUCUCCCUCCCUCCUCCUCAGAGCCUCACCUCGACGCAGGAGGACGACCAGCCGGGCAGACGGAUGAGUCGUCGGACAUCUUUCUACCUCCCCAAAGACACUGCAAAACACCUACACAUCAGCUCUGAAACGAGGGUGCGAGAGGUGAUCGAGGCGCUGCUCAACAAGUUCACUGUGGUGGACAACCCAGCAAAGUUUGCCUUGUUUGAACGCACAGAGAGACAAAGUCAAGUGUACAUGCGUAAACUGUCUGAUGAUGAACGUCCUCUUUAUCUGCGCUUGUGUGCCGGACCCAAUGAAACAGUGUUGAGUCUGGUUUUGAAGGAGAAUGAAACUGGAGAAGUAAAUUGGGAUGCAUUUAGCUUUCCUGAGCUCUGCAACUUCCUGCGAAUCUUGCAGCGUGAGGAAGAGGAGCACGUACGGCAGAUUGUGAAGCGCUAUGCUCUUGCUAGAGACAGGAUGAAGCAGGCGAUGGCCAGAAUAACUACUCCUGGUUGACACUGAGACAUUCAACCGACUGUCACAUUUGAGCAUUAAAAGAACCUUCUGCCUUGAAAAAUAUCACAGAUCAAUAGGAAAAUUGACAGCAAUGUAUAAGGGAAGAGCUCGGGCAAAUGUCAUGUUUUGACUAUAGGUUGUUAAUAAAGCAGGGAUGCUGCUGUUACAUUUAAUGUGAACUACCUAAAGAACCAGGUCAAGCUAAGUUUGUGCAGAGCCGCUGUUUUGAACUGGCUCAGCACAAAGCUGAAAGGAUUCUAAUUUCCUUAGAAAACAUGCUGCUUGAUUAGAUUAUUUAUAGUGAUAUUAAAGAAGCAUUUUAGGGUUUUCUUGUAAUUUAUCUGGUUUAUCUUCAGGUCAUUUUAUGUGAUAUUUAGGAUUCUCUAUUGGUUUUUUUUUUUUCAUUUUUGGCACUUUAAUAAACCCGUGAAAUUGAGCUGGGCAAGUUGAAAUGUGUUAACGUUCAAAUGAUCUAAUAAACAAUGAUAACAAAUUGUG